GAGAAGGAUCUCAUCCACAAGCUGUUCAAAGUGCUGGCGCCCCGGUUCCAGCCCCAUCCCGGCAGCUACACCCGCCUGCUGCAGAUCCCCAACCGGGACAGCCUUGACCGCGCCAAGAUGGCUGUCAUCGAGCUCAAGGGGAACCCCUGGCCACCGCUCAUCCGCCCGCGCCGCGACACCGAGAAGACGCUGCUCAAUCAGCUCCUGAAGGGCUACCGGGAGGAGAUGAAGCGGGCGGCAGCCCCACAGGCCCCCGAGGGCACCCCUGUCUAG